UGCUGUUGGUGCAUGUGUGGCUUUGGCUCAAGACUACACAGUCUUUACAAUACUGAGAUUCAUUGUCGGAUUUUUCAAUAUGGUAAAAAUAUUUUGUAUUUAUAUAAAAUACGUAAUUCAUCUGAGAUGAUUUUUAAAAAAAAGUUUUAAUUAAAAAAUAAAAACUGGCAUCUCAGUAAUAUUUUCAUAUUUUGGUGCUGGUAUUCUUUAUUUAUCUCUGGCCAAGAUCAAUAUAAGUUGAUUUGAUUUCUUUUUUAAUUUGUUUAAUCAGCAGGGUCUUUUUAAGUUUAACUAUUUUUGUGCCCAAGUGUGAACAUACAUGUCCUUUUUCAAGUUUGAUAAAUCAGAAUUUUAUUACUGUUUGAAAAUAGCUUUGUUACAAGUAUCAGAUAAAAGUGCAUAACAUAUGAUGACAAUGUUUUAUUUACAGGGUAUUGCCCUGAGUACCUAUGUGAUGAUGACAGAAUUGUUCCCAUCUCAACAAAGAUCCAUUCCUUGCUGUGGCUUGCAGAUAUUCUGGGCCAUAGGCAUUAUGCUUACUGCACUCUUUGGGUAUAUGGUUAGGGACUGGCGACACCUGCAGCUUGUAUUUUCAUUGCCAAAUCUGCCCUGUGCAAUUUUUGUAUGGUAAGUUUAAAUAUAACAUACAAAAUGGAGCAUACAGGGGUUUUAUAUUUCAUUUUAAAAACUUUCUUGAAUAAUUGUUAAAAUAUUUUGUACUCUUAAAAUAAAAUUUAAUGACUGGCUUGAUUGUAUUGUAUCAAAUAUAUAGUACCGGUACCUUAUGCCAGCAUGACAAAAAGAUUUUGUUGGAUCUGGCUUGCAGGAUAGGCAAAGCAUGUGCCUUGUUUUCUAUAAUUUUAUUAUAUUAAUUACAAACUUUUUGAACUUGCACUCUCUAUUUUUUUGGUGCUAAUAUAACAAAGAUACAGAAGUGGUAAAAACAAAAUUAAUACUAUGCAUACAAGAUUAGAGGAGCCUCCAUUGCUCCUUGUUUUUUUCUUGAUUUACAACUUGAUGACCAAAAUGCAGAGAAAAGUCUAUGAAUGAAUAAUUGGAGCAUUUUAAAUUUUAAUUUUUUCAGGUUUUUACCAGAAUCUUUACCAUGGUUGAUAUCUCAGCAUAAAUACAACAAGGC